CUCCGCGGCUGGUGUUGUGGCCCCACUGAGCCACCGUACCUCCCGCCUCCGCGCCCAACGUUCGCGUCGCCGUUCUGCGCCGCCGCCAUGGCCGACGUGGAGGACGGCGAAGAACCCUGCGUCCUUUCUUCGCACUCCGGGAGCGCAGGCUCCAAGUCGGGAGGCGACAAGAUGUUCUCCCUCAAGAAGUGGAACGCGGUAGCCAUGUGGAGCUGGGACGUUGAAUGCGAUACCUGUGCCAUCUGCAGGGUCCAGGUGAUGGAUGCCUGUCUUAGAUGUCAAGCUGAAAACAAGCAAGAGGACUGUGUCGUGGUCUGGGGAGAGUGUAACCAUUCCUUCCACAACUGCUGCAUGUCCCUGUGGGUGAAACAGAACAAUCGCUGCCCUCUGUGCCAGCAGGACUGGGUGGUCCAAAGAAUCGGCAAAUGAGAGGUGGCCCAGGUGCCCCUGGUGUGGUUGGUGACCCUGGACAACCUUGCCAUCAAGUUACUGGACAAAGACUAGACACUGCAGGGGAUUCAUCCUUGAGAGAGAGGAUGGUGUACGCCUUUGAGAUUCACCAAAGGCACGCUUUAUUGUUUUGUCUGUUUAGUUUUGGGAAAUUAAGAUAAUUUAUUAAAAAUGGCCUUUCCUACCUCUGUGGUGUGUGUGUGGUACGUACUGCUUAGAAGAGUGAACCAGAAAAUGAUCUUUGUUUAUCUGUCAGUACCCAUGGCUCUGUGAGAACAGUGUGUUCACAGAAGAACAUUGUUUGUGUUUAUUAAAAAUAAAUAAAAGAAGGCUACAGUAACAGGUAAAAUGCAUUGAAAAGCGGACUCCUGCCCUCUGCUCCUAAUCCUUUUCCGUGUUGGGAGAGGAGCAGCCUGUGCUGUCUUCAUCUACUGUGAGUGAGGAUUUUAACCUGCACUCGGGCGAAGAGGGGAAAUAGAGUGUAACUGUCAGGUAAACGGCCCUGUCUCCUGACUUCUCCAUCUUUGACUUGGCCAGAAAGCCUGGACUGUUCAACCACUUAGUUCUAAAGAACUGUUGUCUGUUUUUGAGAAGGUUGUAUUGUAUGUUUUAGUCAAAAUAUUAGUGGGAAAAUGCUUACUAGUAUAAGACUGAAGUUCAUUAUGCAAUGUUUUAAUAAAAUACUGUGCUUUGAGUUA